AUGCAGCCGCCGCGCCACCACCCUCCUCCGGUCCUUACUCCCCCCCUCCCCCUCCCCCCGCAGCCCCAAAAGCUCUGCCAGUUCUUUCGGCGAGAUCCACCAUCUCCUGAGGUCCUUAUCCACCCCAGCUCGCGAGGAAGCCUCGGGAGGAGGCGAGCCCUCGUCGCAAGGAAGCCGCAGAAGGAGGAGCUCAACCGGGCGUCGCUGGCCAGAGAAGGAGGAGAGGCGCGGAUGCCUGCCAGGGAGGCGGAUCGGCUCAUCUCCGUGGCUGGAAAGGCUCGAUGUUACAAUUACAACAUGGGGCUUCAAGUGUCUAUUACUGUGGAACACCAAUAUCCGUGCAUUUUAGUUACGACUAAGUGCCACACCAAUGAAUGUGAAUGUCUGUUCAGUGUCCAUCUUGGUUCUGGUGAAUUGAUUUGGGGAACUCUUGAAAUCUGUUUCUUGUAUAUUGGCCAUGAUAACUCUUCACCUGACAUUCUGCAAUGGCUUCCAGCCAGGGUUUUCUUGUUGCUGCUAUUCCUCGUGGAUAUUCAAGAGGCAACUUGGCACCUAAUGUCAACAGCAUGCUUAUUGGUGACGAGUGAAAUGAAAGAAGGCUGCAAUGGAAUUUGUAUUAGAAGUUUCUCCAUGAUGGCCUUUUCCACCUAGAAAGAGCAUCAAGGCCGUUGACCCCGUUUUUGUUCUAUAGGCAUCUGUUCUUCAAAUGAGGCUCCAACCUGAGCAAGGGCAUGGUUUGCAGAUGAUGUAUCUGCUUUAUGUGUGUCAGAAGAGCCCUCCGACGCCCAGCCGUUGGUGUCUCUUCCCGAAGAAGGAUCAUGGUUCCCCACCUCUCUACAACUCAUAUUAAAAUUUUGGUAUAUUCUUUUCUUACUUUAUUUCCUGUGAACAAAAAGUUGGAACCUAUUCUUAAUUUCCCAUAGUGGUUUUGAUGGUAUUUGGUCAGUGUGUUCCUGGCUGGAAUUGCAUGUAUAUCUUACAGAUUUACAUUGCAACAAUUAAUAAGGAGAAUAGAAGCAUUUGCAUCCUCUAAUACUUUGCCUGCCAUGCUUAGCGAGAAUUCAAAAUAGUGACCUUUGGAUAUCAAUUAUGGGUUUGUGAUUUUGUGCCAGGACCUAAAAGAAUUUUUGCCUCAUGCUUCGACUAUCAUAUCUAUUUUCUCUAUAAAUUCUAGACAUCUAGUUCAGAUUAUGAUCUUUGCAUGCCCUUUUUUUGUAUCUUCUGAAAUUGGCCAACAUUACAAAAAAUCGCCACAUGUUUUAGAAAUUGAAUCACCAUGACAGCUUUUCAGGUUAUGGUUCUUUAGCCAUUUAAUGCAGUAUCAAUGGUUCAGUGUGCUUCAUGAAAUGAAACAUAAUGUAUAGUUCAGCAGUUUUGAGACUUACCCGCAUAUUUUUGCUUCACCCGUCACCACAGAGGUCUUACCUCACCUUGACCAUGGAGCCACUAGGAGUAUGAUCAAUAUAUGAUCAUUCUUAUAGUUGAAAUCAAUUGCUUCCUUCAUCAAGUGAUUCAUAGUAAACCAGUAAACAUGAAUUUUAUGUGUAUAUAUUACUUCUUUGUUUGCCAUUCAUUUUGUUCAAAAUAUUUAUAUGACAUUUUUCAAAAAGCUUAAGGUUAGAGAUGUGGUGCUAUAUGAGGCUAUUGUUAGGAUGGCAGAUAAAUUAAUGUUAAAAUAUUUUUGAUUUCCUUUAUUCCGUAAACGGCAAUACAAGAUAUGUUUGGGCCACAUGAUUCUAUUCCAAAAAUUUAAACAACUUGGCAAUUAACAACGCAUCAAAUGUUAUGUAUUGAAAAUUUGAAAUGGAUCACUUUGUCAGGUUGGGUUUUAGUAGGUCAUAAUGGUUUAGGAUGGUACAGCGUUGAGAAGGUGGCACAAAAUCUCAUACGCAGGGCGAUCAGCUAAGAAGCAUCAGGAAGGACUUUUAGGAUGGUACAGCGGUCAAAUGCAUCCUAGGAUAGGUCCUUUAAGAAUUAUGGUGUGUUUCCCUCCUUUUGUUUACCAUAGGCACAGAGGUUUAGCCUCAAUUUAUUAUGAUAUUUUUGUUUAUAGUAGAUGCAGAACUGAGACUUACCCAGGUUGUGAGAGCUGGUGAUGAUUCUAUUAAAAGUCCCUUGUUACCUGCAACGUUUGUCUCUGUAAACAGCAUAACUAACGCCGUAUGGUUUCCAAUGUGACUAAGAUGUAAAUUCUUCCUGGGUGUAGUUUCUAAAGCAGAGUUGCUGAAAAUGGAAAUAUUUUCAACAUGCCAUGAUUUUGAAUGGGACUUUGUGCUACCAAAUUAUAAUGUGUACAUACAUCUCAUUGUAGAUAACAAUCCAUCGUUUUUUGCUGCUAAAGGGUAUUAGAUUUGUUACCAUAUGUGCUUGCCCAUAACUAAACAAAGUAAAACAUAGAUUUACAUAUAUAUUGUCUCAAAUGGGACUUAUGUGUAUAUGCAUUUCAUUGUA